AUGUUGGAACCAUAUAAUCCUGAUGACGUAUGGCUUAUUGUUUUAGGUUUUCUUAUUGCAUUUGUUUUAGCUUUUGGGAUAGGGGCAAAUGAUGUAGCAAACUCAUUUGGAACAAGUGUGGGAUCAAAAGUACUGACAAUAUUUCAAGCUUGUUGUCUAGCUACAGUUUUUGAAAUUUCAGGGUCUAUUUUGAUUGGUUAUAAAGUUUCGGAUACGAUGAGGAAAGGAAUUCUGGAUAUAAAUAUGUACAAGGAUGCCGAAAAGGAAUUGAUGUUGGGCUCAAUCAGUGCUCUCACUGCCAGCGCCGCUUGGUUGAUAGUGGCUACGUUCUUCAAGCUUCCUAUUUCCGGAACACACAGUAUUGUAGGGGCUACAGUAGGCUAUAGCUUGGUUUUGAGAGGAAGUCAAGGUGUGCAGUGGAAAACUCUUGGCAAAAUUGUUGGUUCGUGGUUCAUUUCUCCAGUAUUUAGCGGCAUCACCUCCUGUAUUUUACUUUGGAUAAUAAAACGAUUCAUCCUUUCACGUCCCGAUCCUUUAGAGGCAGGCCUAAUGUCCCUACCGCUCUUCUAUAGUUUCACCAUUUUGAUCAACCUCUUUUCUAUCAUCCACGAUGGUCCGAAGCUUCUCCACAUGGACAACAUUCCGCUGUGGAUGGCUUCGACUAUAAGCAUCAGCAUAGCUAUCUUCGUCAUGGUAAUUACAUGGUUAUUCGUGGUGCCAUGGCAAAGAAAAGUUAUAAAAGAGGAAGAAGUCAAGGAAGAGAAGUUAGCUGUGAACUUUAAUAUAGGAGAAUCUUCCGAUACUUCGCCGGAAGGAAGUCCAAACCGCAAACCGAACCGCAAUUCUGCCUGUCUAGAACGUCAAUUAACUGUCAUAUCCGAGAGCACGGAACUGCAACAGCUCGACCAGAACCGUAUCACCGCUGCCAAGUAUAUUUUCCCCGUGCAAACGACCGAUAAGCACGUGUUCACGCCAGGAGCGAAAGAGACUGAAGUGCGCAAAUACGCCAGACCCACCGAGCUUAAACUAGUCGAGAGUACAACCAGUGUAAACCCCGCUUUAUCUCCAAGCUCAAGCGGAGUUCCAUUGAUAACCAAUAGGAAUUCUGCCGGUCGUUGUGAUCAAGGAAUGCGAGCAAGUGAUAUUGAAAAAAAUGGCGAUAUUUUUGUUGAGAAUAAAAGUGUUUCAAGACUGUUCAGUUUUUUACAAGCGCUUACAGCCACAUUUGGCAGUUUUGCUCAUGGAGGCAAUGACGUCAGUAAUGCAAUAGGACCAUUGAUUACAUUAUGGUUGAUAUACUCAGAAGGAUCCGUUCAGCAGAAAGCCGAAACUCCAUUGUUGAUACUGUUAUAUGGAGGGUUCGGUAUUUCAGUGGGAUUAUGGCUGUGGGGGAGGAGAGUUAUAGAGACCAUUGGCGAAGAUUUGACUACCAUAACUCCCUCAACGGGAUUUACCAUAGAAGUAGGAUCAGCGUUCACAGUACUAAUAGCAAGCAAAAUUGGAAUUCCUAUUUCUACAACUCACUGUAAAGUUGGAUCUGUGGUAUUCGUAGGAUAUUUUAGUUCGUCCAAGAGAGGAGUCGAUUGGAGUCUUUUUAGAAACAUCAUUUCCGCAUGGGUAGUAACGGUUCCAGUAGCUGCUCUUCUUUCCGCCGGUACCAUGGUAUUGUUGAGUUACAUAGUUUUAACAAAAGUUCAAUAGAAAGCUGUUAAUUGUUUUUAAGGCCACAUUGUCGAUAAUGUCGUCGUUUUAUGACUAGCCCCGAAACCCUUUUAGUAUUAAUACAAUAAAGAUAACGUUGUUUUAAAGUUGGAGGAUUCUUUUAAAAC